AGUUUUAAAAGAACCUUCGAGAAAAUAUCCCUCUUUGCAAGCCAAAAUAGAAACCGCCCUCUCUUCUAACAAAAGCAAAACCAUAACAACAAACUGCCAAAAAUCUGAUUCGCAGUUUCACACACAUACCACGCAAUGGCGAAUGAUUCCAGUAACAAUCAACCGCCGUCGACAGCGUUGGCGGUGUCACCAUCGCCGUCAUCUACGGCUGAUUCGUAUAUCGGAAGUUUCAUUAGUCUGACAUCGAAGUCAGAGAUUCGUUACGAAGGAGUACUGGACUAUCUUAAUCCUCAAGACUCUUCUCUUGGCUUGAAGAACGUGAGAUCAUAUGGAACUGAGGGGCGUAAGAAAGACGGUCCGCAGAUUCCUCCAAAUGAUAAAGUUUUUGUAUUCAUUUUGUUUCGUGGGAGUGACAUUAAGGAUUUGCAAGUAAAAUCCUCGCCAUCUCUUCAAGUGGAAGAAUCAUUGGAUAAUGACCCUGCAAUUAUUCAGUCACGCUGUGCUGGAGUCUCCCCAAGCUCUUCAAAUCCGGUGUCACUUAAUGGUGGAUCUUUUACAGAAUAUGGCUCUUACCAGGGACCUGCUUCCUUGAACAGUGUGCCACCUUCACAUCAAUCUGUAAACCAGUUUGAAUAUGGCGCUUCUCAGGCAACUCAAUCUAACAUGGGUUCUUAUGCAGCUCCCUCUUACCAGCAGAGAUACAGUGAACCCACUAGCAGCCACCAUGCUCCACAACAUUCUAUUCCACCUUCUGCUUCACAUGUGAUGAUGCAGGAUUUGCCGCAGGCUUACCCACUUCAAGGCCCUGAACAUUUCACUUCAGCUGUUCUACCAAAAAGCUUAGCUCCAGUGCCUGUGGUUACCACUGCAAAUUCUUUAUCUUUAACUAGCAGACAAAGUCUUGCACCACAGCAACUUCCUAUGGCUCCUAGUACUAACAUUAUAUCUCCCUUAUUAUCUGUAACCUCUUCCAUGCCCUCUUACGCAUAUACUCCUGCAUUUCCCCAAUCUAGUCAAAAUGUGAGUAACUCUGGUGCUCCAAUCUUUGGUAGAGUAGGUUCUAAUGCUUCACCCUUAUAUCCUGUAUCCCAAGUUGUGGAUUCCUCAUCAGGUAUCUUUCCACAACAACUCCCCAGAUUGCUAACUCCGGAUCAGUUAUCCCUUCCUAGUUUUUCUGGGCAAUUAUAUUUAGAUCAGAAGGACCUUGGUGUUCUCAGCUCAGAACCUCGGAAUCCCCCGUCAUCAUUUACUACUUCAGCAGUCCAAGCGCCAUUGUUGCCACUGCCACCUGCUGCAAAGAAGUUGCAAUCAUCUUCAGAGUUUACCGAAGAGUUCGAUUUUGUUGCAAUGAAUGAGAAGUUCAAUAAGGAUGAGGUAUGGGGUUAUCUUGGAAAAGCAAAACAAACGGCUAAAAAGAUGGACGGCGUGGAUAUUGCUUUGGUCAAUGAGGACAAGGGGAAUGAAGUAGGUCAUGGCUUGGAUUCUAGUGCUGAUCCCAAACCUGCCUAUAAUAAGGAUGAUUUCUUUGAUAAUAUAUCCCGCAAUACAGUUGCUCGUGGAGGUAGGAAUGGGCAAAAUCGCUUUUCUCAGAGGAUGAGGCAGGAUAGUGAGACUUUCGGUAACAAUCAACAAAGACCUUAUGCUGGGUAUGGUGGCUAUGGGCCUGGACAUGGUGGGCACCGUGGUGCAUAUGGCUAUGGGCCUGGACAAGGUGGGCACCAUGGUGCAUAUGGCUAUGGUUGGGGAAGGGGGUAUAAUAACUAUGGCAGUAGGGGCAGUGGAGGAGGGCACAUGAGGAUGUAACAUAUUCAUUGGAGUUUCACAUGGUGUCUGGUUAUGUCGUUUUCUGCAGUACUCAACCCAAAUGACAGUAAAUCUCCCGCUAAUUUAUGACAUUUGCUGAGGAGUUCAAUACCCAAUGUUACCGAACUUCCAAUUACUACAGUUGCAGGUGUAUUAGGAAUUGUUAUUCAUAGCUGGUUCAUGUGUUUUUUUGGUCCAGUGAGCCAGAUUUUUCUAUAUGCUUCUUUUCACGAUAUGUAUGCCCUGGUGGGGAUUUGAGUUUUUCAAUCAGUUCACGUGUUCUCUCCUCUGAUCUACGUCGUUAGAUCAAGGAGAUUUGAGGUGUAAGUUGUUUGUUACUUUCUUUAGCUCAAAUUAGACUUGAGGAAAUGAACUUCGUCUUCUCAUCAUUCUCCAGUUUAAAAAUUCUGUACUAACCUUAAACUUAUAAUUGAAGGUACUAGGCUACUAGCAGGUUAAUAUAUCUCUGUAUUUUCUCU